AUGGAAGGAAAAAAUAACAGUACUAACACAAAUAGAAUUAUUAAUAUCAAUAGAAAUAAAAAUAGCAAGAUUGAUAAACUACAACUAUGUUAUACACCUAGUAUUAAUAUCAUUUAUAAUAAUACAUAUAAUACUUUUGAAGCAAAGAAAAAAAGUAAAUUAAAACAUAAUAAUACCAGUAACAAAAAUAGUUUGCUUUGGUCCUCUAGUAAGAGACAAAAUACAAUUAUCAUACCAAGUAACUUACCAGAAGAGUAUAAGGGAAAUAUCUGCUUUAUCCAUCUUAAUAAUCGAAGUCAUAUAAACAGUAACGAAGAAAACACUCAUGGAAAUAAUCUGCUUGUUAGUGGUCUUCAAUUUUUACCACCCAAUUUUGUUCGAGGAAAAUAUAACUAUAAACAGAUAUUAAGAGAAUUUAUAGCUUCGAAAAUAUCAAAUUCUAACGAUUUACUGAGGGAAAUAAAAAUUAUUUCACAAAAUUGCAAUACUGAUUUUUUUAUUGAUAGCUUUCAACAACUGAUUAAAAGUAACGAUUUAAAAAAAUUAAAAACAACAAGAAUACAAGAUAACAAAAAAUCAAUACUGAGUAAACUACAGGAUUCGCAACUUUGCAGUCGUUUCGACAGGAAUGAUGGGAUAAACACUCAUAAAAACAAGACAAUAUUAUUUGAUCCAUAUACUCAUGUUGAUCAAGUAAAUAUAACACGUGACGCCAAUAAUGGUUAUAAUGCUAUUAAUUUGAGCAAUGUUAUAAAUAGUUCAAUUUGUAAUAAUAUUAUUGAUAAUAGUAUUAAUACUGAAAAAAAUUGCAAGCUGUCGCCACUUAAAGAUAAUCAUACCCUAGAUCAAUGCUUUCAAACUUGCAUGUUUUUCCAAAAUAACAAUGGUGCUUAUAUUAAUAGUUCACCAACAAGCAUUGAAAAGGAUAAUAUUCUUUGUUAUAUACCAUGUCAAACUAUACCUUUUUCUCUGUCUAAUAAUUAUCACAAUGACAUUAGUCAAAAUAUUAUGUUAAGUUGCCAUGAAGAUUAUCAUUAUUAUUAUUAUUAUUAUUAUUAUUAUUAUUAUUAUUAUUACUAUUGUUAUUGUUAUUAUACACAAUUUAAUGAUUACAAUAUCUAUCAUCAUAAUAACAUCGUGAGAAAUGAUAACACAAUAUUAAAUUAUACAGGUACAAAUGACUAUAUAACUAAUAUUACAAAUAACAAUACUGCGUCUAGUGGUGCUAUUGUUUCUGGUGAUGGAUUAAGUUAUUGUGAGUCUUACAACAAAAGGGUAGCAAAAUACAAUAAGAGUGGUAAUAGUGAUCCAACUAAUUUUUGGAUUAAAGGGAAAAAAUAA